AUGACGGGGCACGAGGACGAAGAUGAGCGGCUGGAGCGACUCCACUUUGCCACGGUGCUCAAGGCGUUCGACGACUACCUUCCCUACUGUCUGUCGGCCAACGAUACGCGGCGGCGCUCGUACUUCAGCCUGCCGAUGGCUCACCAACAGCUGCUGUCCGAUCUGGGUGCGCCUCUUCCGCUCCCAGCGCUGGAAGCCUCUUCUUCCACUUCAUCGUCACCACCGGAGCCUUGGCGCGGGUUCAAGUCGCGGCUGGACGAGAUCGACGACCGCAUCCGUCGGAAUGCCGGCCUUCUUUCUGCCAUCGCCGACGAGUCGCGCGGCUUCCUUGGGCCCGAGCCCCUGGCCAGCAAUGGCUCGAGCCCGCACGACGCUUCCACCUCGGGCGCCGACGAUGCUUCGAACGGCGGCAAAGGGUUGCGAAAGCGGCGCAAGAUUCCAGGCCACGAGAUUGAAAAGAUUCAAAGCACGCUCAAGCAAUUUGUGCGCGAUUGGAGUGUCGAAGGCCUGCCCGAACGGUCCGCCGUCUACACGCCCAUGAUCGAGGCGGUGACUGGACUGUACGGCGACAGUGACAAGCGCAGCCAAGUGCGGAUCCUUGUUCCUGGCGCAGGGCUGGGACGCUUGGCGUUUGAAUACGCCUCGUUGGGUUACACCUGCCAAGGCAACGAGUUUAGCUUCUACAUGCUGUUGGCGUCGCACUUUAUCCUCAACAAGACCACGCACGUCGGACAGCACGCCAUCUAUCCCUUUGUGCACUCGUCGAGCAACUGGCGCACUGCAGACGACAUGCUUCGAGCCAUCCGGAUCCCCGACGUGCUGCCGUCGAGGCUGCCACCGACGAGCGAGUUUAGCAUGGUGGCGGGCGAGUUCUGCGAGGUCUACUCGCAGCCGCACGAGGCCAAGGCAUGGCAGGUGGUGGCGACGUGCUUCUUCAUCGAUACCGCCAAGAACGUGGUGCGCUACCUCGAGACGAUCAACCAUCUGCUACCCGUGGGCGGCCAUUGGAUCAACGCCGGCCCGCUGCUUUGGCACUUUGAAAAUGCCUCGCGCUCCACGCCCACGCCCGACAACCUCAGCAUCGAACUCACGCUCGACGAACUCGUCCAGCUGCUGCCCAAGAUGGGCUUUGAGCUCGAGCAACGUCGCCCGCUGCCACCCACUCCUUACACGGGCAUGCUCAACGGCAUGCUCCAGUACCACUACUCGCCCGAGUUUUUCGUGUGUCGCAAAGUCCGCGACGUGCCAGCCGCUCCGGCGGUGUAA